GAACGUCGAACGUGAAGUGUUUACCGCGUUGACCCUGUGGGGACACCUCUGAGCUAUAGAGUAGUCUCCUUUCCCAACAUGACAUACUCACAACCUUCGUAUGGAGUACCGUACGGGACUUUAACACGUUGCUUCUAGCUGUCAUUAUCAUCCUCCGACAUUGAUGUUUCACAAGUUGCUGUCAGAUGACGCAGCAGCUCUAUUGUAUCGUGGAUUCAUGGCGAGUGAAGAGGUGCAGCUUACUUCCGAAUCUACUAGUGCAUUUUAACGGCGACGGCGAAUUCUACCAAAAUCUGUCAGGGCCUCUGGCUGUGCCGUUCAAGCGGCAUGGAACGAUUCUCCUUUCUCCAGUGGUUGUGUCAAUGUGUGGUGUUUCAAGCUGGGGUGCCAUUUUUACGGUGCCGCCCGUAGUCGACGGCGCACUUCUGUUGAUAUGAAUGGAAAUCUACAACCUUGUGGAUAGGUACAGUAGGCCUAGCGUCUGCAGACUAAAAUGAAACUAUAUAAACAACUCUUGUGCAAGGGAUAUUUUUGAUAAAUGGUUGGCAGAAUAUGCGUCUGCAUUACUGUCUACGGACCCCGAUGCCGUCGCUGCAACCUUCCUUCCUGAAGGUUGGCUUCGCGAUAUCCUCACUUUCACUUGGGACUUCCGUGCUUUGGAAGGCCGUGAGAAGAUAAACAACUAUUUUUCCGAUACACUGGCCACAGCUCGGAUUUCGAGCAUGAAAGUGGACGAACGUCCUCAUUUACAUCCCCAUUGGAACACAUUCUCCCCCAACGACGGAGCUGGAGUCGAAGGGGCAUUCACCUUUGAGACAUCUAUCGCGCACGGCCACGGUUAUACCUACCUAUUGAAAGACGGGAAUGGUGAAUGGAAGGCAUGGGCCACAUUCAUGAUGCUUGUCGACCUCAAGGGUUACGAGGAAGUUGGACCGGAACGCGGAGUAUAUGGGGGGCACACUGUCGCCUGGAGUGAUGUCCUCGCUGAGAGGCGUGCUAGAAUCGAGCUAGAUCCGCAAGUCCUAGUUGUUGGUGGAGGCCAAACCUGCUUGAUGGUGGCGGCAAGGUUUAAACAAAUGAACAUCCCUACACUCUUGAUAGAGAGGAACGCGCGAAUUGGUGACAAUUGGAGAAAGAGGUAUCCUACGAUCUCGCUACACACACCGAAGCAACAUCAUCAGCUUCUGUAUGCGCCGUUCCCGUUAAAUUGGCCUUUGUAUACGCCCCGUGAUAAGCUUGCAGAUUGGAUGGAAAGUUAUGCCAUCAACCAAGACCUCCUUACUUGGACCAGCUCGUCCAUCAGAGGUCGUCCUAUCUACAAUGAAGACGCGGGCAAAUGGGACGUGACAAUCGACCACAAUGGUGUAACCAAAGAGAUACAUCCCGCUCAUAUUGUGCUCGCCACGGGCACCUUAGGCACUCCCAUCAUACCACAUCUGGAAAACAGAGACAAAUUCCGAGGCGAAAUCCUCCAUGGUAUCGAUUUCAAAGGUGGACAGCUCUAUUCCGGCAAGAAGGUAAUCGUCGUCGGUGCAGGUAGCACUGCUAUAGACAUCUGUCAGGAUCUGUGCGUUCAUAAGGCGGCAUCUGUGACGAUGAUCCAGCGUUCUUCUACGUGUGUCAUCUCGCAAGCCGUGGCGGAAGUGUUUAUAGGCAGAGCCUUUCCUCCUGACGUUCCUUGUGACAUCAACGACUUCAAAGUAGGAUCGAUACCGAUGGGUUUAAGGAAAAAGGUGUUGCCAGGUAUACAGCACAUGGUUGAUGAUAUGGAGAAGGAAAUGUAUGCAAAGCUGAGGAAGGGAGGGGUCGCUUUAAAUUCAGGUCCUGAUGGUGCAGGUCACAGCUUACUGGUAUACGAGCGAUUGGGUGGCUACUGGUACGAUGUAGGCGGAGCUGACUUGGUAGGCAGCGGAGAAAUCAAGGUCAAACAAGGUGUAGAACCUGUCGCUUGUACCGAGGAUUCUCUCGUCUUCUCGGACGGGUCUGAAGUAGAGGCAGAUGUUGUGUUCAUGGCCUGCGGCUGGACGAAGAUUCGAGACGCGAAUAAGGACCUGUUUGGUGAGGAAGUGAUCGACGGCACGAAAGAUGUGUUUGGUCUGGAUGAGGAAGGCGAGUCCAAGGGAGGCUAUCGGCCGACUGGUCAUCCAGGAUUGUGGUUCGCCACGGGUGAUUUCUGGAUGGCUCGCCACCUCUCCAAGCCCUUGGGGAUUCAGAUAAAAGCUAUUGAGCUUGAGUUGUCUCAUAACCGACGCUAGCUAAUCUUAUGCAGGGAAUAACCAGGGGCACGCCACUGAGAUAAAGUGUAAACGAUUGAUUGAUUGCUACUCUAAUUCGUAUCUGAACCUUUGAAUUGCGACAACCAUUUGGCUGCAUCUUGUCCCUUGAGUGAACGCAUUACUACCACAGUACGGAGGAAAGAGAGGGAGGUUCCCGGACCGACCUUCUGCACAAUGAUGUACAGUAUUACCCCUCCAAAUGGAAAUUCUUGCCUUCAGUCACAGCUGCAUAAUUUCGAGCAGUAGCAGCGCUCUUUACUUAUUCAAUGAAGUCGAAUAAAGGCC